AAGGCAGGUGAUAGGAGGAAGGAGAGAAGGGCCAAGGGAUUUCAGGCCUGGGGAGGUGGUGGUUUUCAGAAGUGCAUCUCUGUGGUGACAGGCCCUGCUGCUGGGCUGCCCCUGUCUGCUCCUACUAGGGAGCCUGGCUGUUGUGUAACAGGAGAGAUCUUACUCUGCAACCCUUGCACUUCAGAAGUCUCUGCUGAGAACUGCUGCAUGUGGAUUUGCAUUUUCUUUGCUGAAAAAUGUGUUGGUAGAGAACAGAAAUGUAUACGCUUUUCUUGAACACUCCUGAAUAGUAAAAUGCAAAGGCUACUUAUUAGAGAAGUUGAAAUGUGGUUGUGGAGCUGAAUAUGUCUAAUUGUGUACAGACUGCAGUCGUAUGUCUUUGCAUUCAUAAUGAAAGGCCACAGAAGUUAUUCCUGGAAGAGAUGGCCAUAUACUCUUAGUUAAAAAAGCAAGUGCAUUUCUAAUUCAUGUGUGGUAACACUGCUCUGAUUUCUGAACUUAGUGCUGAGUAAAAAUGAAGCAGUGCUGUUCUGUUAGUGAUUAUCAUGUAACCUUGUGAACCAGGCCUGGCUGGUCUGGUGCUGAGUUAGCAACAUGAGGUGUCUCAAGAAAGGUAGAAAUCAAUCGUUGUGCAGAGUUGACUUUUCCAGUGCAGCUAGGAUCUUAAAUUCAUCUCUGGAGAUAAUGUUCUCAUUUUCUUCCUUUGAGAAACAGUGAGUGUGGAAAAUCAGUGACCUAAGAGACGGAGAUGCUUUAGUCUGCAUGAAAGGGUCAUAUAAUCCCAAAAAUGCAGAUAUAUAGAGAGAAUCUAUUUUAAGAGUAGAAUGUCUUAAAAAUGAAUUAGUUUUGGAGGGAAUGAGUUGUGCGAGCGUGUGGCAUCUCUUUCAUCAGUACAGAAAGUGCUCUGGUAUUUAAUGUUCAUUUAUACAGGAGGAUCUCUACUCUGGCUGUUUUGAAACAGACAUUUCAAACAAAACUUGCAGAACUGCUCAAGGAAUAUGAUGCAGGUUUUAAAACACAGAACAUAUAAAUUGUAAGAUAAUUGUGAUUUUUUUUUCUACUGCAGAGUUAUUCCUCAGAAGGCAACUUCUCGCACAAAUAGCAGCAAGCAGGGCUUACCUGUUGGUUUUCUACAGCAAACUGAGGCAAAAGCUGAAUUUUGAUGUAUGCUUAACUUAUUCUAUAUCUGCUUUAGUGAAGAUUCAUAGAAGGCCUGGGUUGAAAAGGACCACAGUGCUCAUCCAGUUCCAACCCCCUGCUAUGUGCAGGGUCACCAACCACCAGCCCAGGCUGCCCAGAGCCACAUCCAGACAUUUCACACAUCCUCUGGCUCACAAAGCUGCACUGCACAGAGCCUCUGCUCCUGCCUGUGACUUGACUAGGCUGCAGUUGGGUGUUUUAACGUUCAAACCCAUUCCCCAGCCACAGUUAAAUAAGUGUUUUUAAGCCUUCUUACUGUUCUUCACAUGGUCUCAAAUGAUAGCUCUGCUUUGCUUCCUCCUGCUGCUCCUUUUGGACUUCAGUUUCUUAGUGGUGGAAAUGUAGUAGCUAUUCUUUUGUCUCUAUUUAGCUGAGAAACUGGUGUGGCAAGCAGUGCUACUUUGUCAGAAGGAGAAGAGAUGGUUCCUUAGGUUUUGUGGGUAGAUUUUUGCAACACUUUUUCUUUGCUUUCAACAUUUGUUUUCAUAUAAAAGCUGUAGAAGUUACAGAUAAGUGUGCCUUGACUUAGUAGGGAGAGGCUGUGAGAGGCCAAUCCUCCUUGCAAGUUACACUUUACUCAUUUCCAAGUCUUACUGAAACCGCUUUGAUGUUUUCAACAUUGUGAAGGACUCUGAUACUCUACUUUAAGCCAUUAAAUAUGCACGUUUCUGUUUCCUAUUGCAAACAGUAUCAAGCUGGUAUUAGGCUGUAUGUAUCAGAAUCUGAGCAGAUAGUUUUUGAAUCAGAGCCCAGUUGCUGUGUGUCCCUAGUUCAGUUUCACCCUGUAAACUGGAGACCUUCUGGUCCUUCUUCCUUCCACUGAUCAUAAAGUUCUCCAGCCUUGUGAUAGGAUUUCCGUGGCAUUAUUUCCCAUUCUCUGCUGUUUGUUUGUUUGUUUUUAAUCAAGGACUUGAGCCUAUUAUUAAGUUGUCUCUUGUCAGGAGCAGAGCAUGCACAGAUGGAAGCAAAAUGGCGGAUUCUUGCUUAUGAUGCCUACAUUGUAAUUUCCCUCACGAAUCCAGCAAGCUUCCAGUCCAGUCUUCUGUGAGAUGAGAAGGAAAGAUAAUAACCUGGUGGUUUGGGAGAUGCCAUACCUGAACUAGUAGGUUCAGGUACCCUUAGGUCAAGAGGCACCUUGAUACAUGGGAGGAAAGGGUCAGCAGAGCCUUAGGAGGUUGAGCAAGGAGACAGGGUGUGCUGCCUGCCAUAGCCACAGCCUUAACGAGGGGGACCUGAAAGUGACAGUGAGUGCCAAUUGAAUGUGUACCAACAGCGUGCUCCUGUUACAACACAUGUUGCUUAUAAUAUUCCUGUUACAAAUAAUAUGUAAAGAACUGCAUGUUGUGUAGAAUUGCAGGGAAUGAUCCAAGCAGAUGCAGCUGGAUUUUUUUCUUUGCUUCUUGUUAGGCUUAGUGUUGAUACAGCAAGACCUGGUAUGGUGCCUUGAUAUUUAAGGCUAGCAAGCACAAGAGGGCUUUUUCACUUGUAAAUCCUUUCAUUUUCUGUUCUUACUGUUUAUUAUCCUGUGUUCUGUGAUUUAAAAGUCAGAUUUUGUUUCCUGACAGGAUGAUAGCUUCAAAUUGUGGCCUUAGGUAUUCAGCAUGAGAAAAAAUGGGGCAGUAUUUCAGUUGGUUGUGGUGCUGUUGUAUUGGUGACUCACAGGAGGAAAGUCUGGGUUGUAAGAUAAAUGCAGCUCUUGUCAGAUGCCAAGCAGGAGUCAGGACAAAGGAAUUAAUUAGUAGCUCAGAGAGGAAAAAUAUUGUCUUACUGUUAAAUAGUGGUUAAAAUACUGGAAGUAUACAAAACUAUCAAAGUAGCAGCAUGGGAAUAUAGCAGCACACCAAAUCUCAUGCAUCUCAUAGCCAGGCUGUAGUGCACCAUGGAAAACGUUGAAGGUGCCCAGAACCUGCAGUGUGAGGUCCCUUCUGUGGGGUGCAGGAAGGGAGGUGCUGUGGGACUCCUUACCUGUCAAAACAGUUUUCUCUAUUGUGGCCAAGGUGGUGAAGCAGGAUGUAUCCCUGAGUCCUGUGAACUGAAGUAUUUUGGUUUUUAAAGAUGUAUGUAUUCAAACACUGCUGUAUGUGUGUCUGUUUUUGGAAUGAAUCGGAUUUGUUUUGAGCAUAAAAUGAGCUGAAAUGAAGGGGGGGGGGGGGACGGACGACACUUAGCAGUGUAGUAACAAAACAAAACCAAAAUGUUUCAAGCCUCUCCAAAUAGGAAGAGGUGGUUGUGCCCUUUGGACAGAGUACUUCAUUUUGGUAUGACCAAUGAUUACUUCAUCAAAUUCUCUAUUUUUUUGUGAAGAGUAGGAGAUGUGUUUUUAUUUUGUGUGUCCUGUUGGGGUUCAGAAAGCUGCCAUAUGCCUCCCUCUCACUUAACUUGUGCAGAAUUUAAACCCCAUGUUAGGGAAGUUCUUUUCACAAACGAAAUAAAAUAGUGAACGAAUGCUGGUGUGUAUUAGGAAUACACUUAAAGGUGGUAGAGCCCUGGAGAACUCUUGGGAAAACAUUGCUUAAAAAGGGUAUUGUAUAACGAGGUGAGUAUUUUUGUCUUUAGUUUUGUGAUUUGUAUUUUAAAGGCCUGUGGUAAUUAAAGAGUCUGUUCUCCAGCAAAAGAAGGGUCAUACUGCUCUUAGACACCAGCUGGGCACAGACCUGUGAACUCAUAUAUCACAGUCAUGAGAUGAUUUGUGUUGGAAAGGUCCUUAAAGCCCUUCAGUUUCCAGCCCCUGCCAUGGGCAGGAACGCCUUCUACCAGGCCAGGCUGCUCAGGUCCCCAUCCAGCCUGGCAGGAACAGGACAGGGCAGUAGUUUAUCACUGCACUCCCUGACAAAGAAUCUCUUCUCACCAUUCCUGAAACCUCAGUACCUAAAGUACUGAAAGGCUGCUACAAGGUCUCCCCAAAGCCUUCUUUUUCUAAGCCCAGCUCUCAGCCUGUCUCCAUAGAAGGAGUGCUGCAGUCCUGGCUGCCUGUGGACUUUCCAGCAGUUGGGGGCAUGAGUUGAGUGCAGCCCUGUAGGUGGGGCCUCAUGACAGCAGAAUAGAGGGGGGCAAUCACCUCCCAUGCCUGCUGGCCUCAAUGCUUUUGAUGCGGCCCAGGACUCUGUUUGGCAUUUUGGGCUACAGAUGCAUAUUGCUAGCUUACAUUCAUGUAUUUGUCCACCAACACCUCCAUGUCUUUCUCCUCAGGGCUGCUCUCCAUCCAGCCUGUAUUUGUGUUUGGGAUUGUCCUGAUCCCAGGGCAGCACCUUUCACCUGGCCUUGUCGGGCUUGUGGGGGCCCCUGGGGGCUGUGCAGGUUGCUCUGGCUGGCAGCCCUUCCCUCCAGUGUGCUGAUGGCACCGCUCAGCUUGCUUCCUGAGCUCCAGCUUUUUCUCUUGCUGGAGCAGUUUUGUCUGUCUGAAGUCUGUGAUCUAUAAAAACCCUGUUAGCAAGUGAUAAAAAGUGCUGACAGAAUUGAGAUUCCCCAGUUCCUCAAACGCAAGUAAAUAGGAAAUUGAUCGAUCCCUUGAACUACUCUGUGUUUCAAAUUAGUACAGUCCUUGCAAGAUCUGUAAAUUAGCAUUCUUUUUUUCUUUUUUGUAUUUUUCCUCUGUUUUCACAGUGGAAUUUCCUUCUGCACUAUGAAAGGAGAAUGUUUGGCUGUGUCUUUCCUUCUUCUGUGAAGUUUGAUGGCACUGUAUUAUACUUGGUCUGAUUUUUUUUUUGUCUGAAGUGUUCAUUUAGAUGUGCUUACAGAGUUCUUAAUCCAGAAGUGAAAUGCAGAGGAUGUUUUAUCAGAGAUGGCUAUUUGGCAUGGGGUUUUUGCAGUCAGAAAAACAUUACUGAAAAGAAAUAAAGCAGUAUCUAUGCCAUGUACAUGUAACAGUUGUGCUUGUCUCAUGGAAGGAAAUAGGUGUUGCUGAUGCAUUGAGCAAUAGCCUCGUUAUGCUGACUUUGCACUGUUGUUCUUGUCUUGUACUUUCUGCCUGGGACAGCUGACGCAGCUCUUCUGUUAGUGAUGUUUCCACUGAAUCUCCUGAUCCAUAUUUCAGACUCCAGUGUGCUGUUGCAAUGCAAUGUUGAUCUUCACUGCUUGUUAUACAGGGAGAAAGUUUGCUUUAAAACUUUCUAAUGCAGACCUAAAGAAACAGAACUCAGAUUCAUUCAGGAAAUGUUCAGUACUUGUUUUCCUUUGUCUCUGAGCCAUUUCAGCAAAUAGUCUUUCAAGCUGCAGCAUGUUGUAGUGGGCAGGAGGGCAGCAGAAGCUUUGGCUACCUUCUUCCCAAGACUGCAGUCGGCUUUCUUAGCAGCUGACUCCUCUUCAACCUGGUGUCUGCCAGGACUCCAGGCCCGUUUCUGCAGUGCUGCUUCCCAGCUGGGUGCCCCAGCAUGUCCUGGUGCUGGGCAUGUUUCUCAGUGCAGGGCUCUGUGCUUCUGCCUGUUGGGCUCAGCUCCCUCUGCACAGUCAGCCACGCUCUGCCUCGCAGUCCAGGUUGUUAAGGAAGAUGUUAAACAACCUGCAUUUGGUGUUGGAAAAUCCUGCUCUUGGUUCUGAUGCUGUGUGCUCCUUCUAGUCAAAAAGAGCACCUCCCCUACAAAAACAGGCUGAGAGAGCUGGGGCUGUUCAGCUUGGUGAGCAGAAGGCUCCUGGAGGACCUUACAGUGGCCUUCCAGUACCUGCAGGGGGCCUACAGGAAAGCUGGGGAGGGACUUUUUGUAAGGGCAGGUAGUGACAGGAUAAGGAGAAAUGGCUUUAAACUGGAAGAGGGUCGAUUUAGACUAGAUAUUAGAAAGGAAUUCUUUCCUAUGAGGGUGGUGAGACAUGGAACAGGUUGCCCAGUGAGGCUGUGGAUGUCCCCUCCCUGGGAGCACUGCAGGCCAGGCUGGAUGGGGCUGUGAGCAACCUGGGCUGGAGGGAGGUGUCCCUGCCUAUAGCAGGGGGUUGGAACCAGGUGGUCUUAGAGGUCCCCUCCUACCCAAACCAUUCUAUGAUUCCAUGUUAGGGGAAAAAAAAAAUUGAGUCUUCCAUCUAAACACCUGUUGAUGGACUCUGAAACACACCCAGGUGUGAUUAGUUUGCUUAAAAUGGGAAAUAGAAUGUUACUACUCCAGAUUGCACUUCUAAUAACCUUUUUUUCUACUUGGUCAUUCUCUCAGUACAGCAGGAAGUUGAGAUUUCCAAAGUCCAACCAUUUUUGAGCUGAUACAAUAGAGGUAAAGGAGAGCCUGCUGAGACUUUUGUUUGUCCUAGCAUAAGACAAAGUAAGAGUCUCACAACUUAAUAUUGAACUGGGAUAUUUGUCUGACUGGAGUAGCAGUUCUUGGCGAUGAAUGUUAGUUUCAUCUGAUAACUGAAUAUGUACCAGAAAGACUCCUUGUUUCUAAAACUUUGGAAACUUCACUGGUAGCGCGUAUAUAUACACAUACACACAUACAGAUAGGAGGAAGGCAAAGGUUACUGGGGUAUAAAGGUAUUACAUGGAUAAAAGCGUGAUAUUCAGGAUGCUGUAGGAACAUGAGUAUGAGCAGCUGGAUUAAACCUUUCUGUAUGUACACAGGCUGGAGAAAAGAGCUAAAAGCAUAACAGGAACAUAAAGCCUUUGUUUUCUUCAUCCUGUAUUGUCUCCCUUAUUUUGUACCGUAUUGUCCCAGUGUGAACUCAGUGAGAAGGUCUGUGGUUGUGAGGAGGUGUUGUUAACAUACACGUCUUUGGUACUGUUUUUAAACUUUCCACUGAUCUUUGGGUGUUUACACUGAUGUAAGCUGGUGGGUUUCUGCGUGGGGUAGUGUUGGGGAUGUCCCAUCUAAACCAGCUCAUGUAGCUAACAGUUUGUCUGCAUUUGAAGUUGCAGUUAUUUCUUGGAGAGUAGAUCUGUUUUGCUGAAGGAUCAACUUGUUGCUUUGGAGUUUUUCCCCAAAAAGGCACUUUUAUGUCAUGUUUCCUUGUAAAUGGCUUAUCACAGUGUUCUUGGAAGCCCCGGCAUGUGUGUUUAUCAGCGUUCUUCCUUGUUGAAAUUCAUUUCUGUAUUACCUACAGGGGAAUAUGGAUACUAUAUUGACUUGAAAAUGUACUUUUUUUUUCCUCCCAAUUAAAGUUACCGUUUAGACAUGAUAGAUUACAGCUGCAUGUUUUUUUUUUUUCUGGCUUUCUUUUCCUGAGAGUUGUAAGGGACUCUGGGAUAAUGUCAGGGUACUCAUCAUGCUCCCUGUGUGAGGAAGUUCUGCCACCAUUUUCUUGGUCCAGCAUUUCAGAAACGAGAUAGCCAUGGCCACAGAAAUCGGCUCCCCGCCCCGAUUCUUCCACAUGCCCAGAUUCCAGCACCAGGCGCCUCGGCAGCUCUUCUACAAAAGACCUGAUUUUGCACAGCAGCAAGCAAUGCAACAGCUUACUUUCGAUGGAAAACGUAUGAGAAAAGCUGUGAACCGAAAGACUAUUGAUUACAAUCCCUCUGUCAUUAAAUAUUUGGAGAAUAGAGUAUGGCAAAGAGACCAGAGAGAUAUGCGAGCAAUCCAGCCUGAUGCAGGUUAUUAUAAUGAUUUGGUCCCUCCUAUAGGAAUGCUGAACAACCCUAUGAAUGCUGUAACAACAAAAUUUGUUCGGACUUCUACUAAUAAAGUAAAGUGCCCAGUAUUUGUUGUCAGGUGGACUCCUGAGGGGAGACGCUUGGUUACUGGUGCAUCUAGUGGAGAAUUCACUUUGUGGAAUGGACUGACUUUCAAUUUUGAAACAAUAUUACAGGCUCACGACAGCCCGGUAAGGGCUAUGACUUGGUCACACAAUGAUAUGUGGAUGCUGACAGCAGACCACGGGGGAUAUGUGAAAUACUGGCAGUCCAACAUGAACAACGUCAAGAUGUUCCAGGCACAUAAGGAGGCGAUUAGAGAGGCCAGUUUCUCACCCACGGAUAAUAAAUUUGCUACAUGCUCUGACGACGGCACUGUUAGAAUCUGGGACUUUCUACGUUGCCAUGAGGAGAGAAUUCUUCGAGGACAUGGAGCAGAUGUGAAAUGUGUUGACUGGCAUCCAACAAAGGGCUUAGUUGUAUCAGGAAGUAAAGACAGCCAGCAGCCGAUCAAGUUCUGGGAUCCAAAAACUGGCCAGAGCCUUGCCACGCUACAUGCUCAUAAAAACACAGUGAUGGAGGUGAAGCUGAAUCUGAAUGGCAACUGGCUGCUAACAGCUUCUCGUGACCAUCUCUGUAAGCUCUUUGACAUUCGUAAUCUGAAAGAGGAACUUCAGGUCUUCAGGGGUCAUAAGAAAGAGGCCACAGCCGUGGCCUGGCAUCCGGUUCAUGAAGGGCUGUUUGCCAGUGGAGGGUCUGAUGGCUCUUUGUUAUUCUGGCAUGUUGGGGUUGAGAAGGAGGUUGGUGGAAUGGAAAUGGCCCAUGAAGGAAUGAUCUGGAGUCUGGCGUGGCAUCCCCUCGGACACAUUCUCUGUUCAGGCUCAAAUGAUCACACCAGUAAGUUUUGGACUCGAAAUCGGCCUGGAGAUAAGAUGCGAGAUCGUUACAACUUGAAUCUGCUGCCUGGGAUGUCAGAGGAUGGUGUGGAAUAUGCUCCAGGAGAUGAUUUGGAACCCAACAGCCUAGCAGUUAUCCCUGGGAUGGGAAUACCUGAACAGUUGAAAAUAGCCAUGGAGCAAGAGCAGAUGGGGAAAGAUGAGUCCAAUGACAUUGAAAUGACCAUCCCAGGACUAGACUGGGGAAUGGAGGAAGUAAUGCAAAAGGACCAAAAGAAAGUGCCACAGAAAAAAGUGCCCUAUGCAAAACCAAUACCAGCACAGUUUCAGCAGGCAUGGAUGCAGAAUAAAGUUCCUUUGCCUCCCCCACCUGAGCCAUUGAUUGAUAGGAAGGAAGAUAUUAAGCUGGAGGAGAAAAAGAAGACGCAGGCAGAGAUUGAACAGGAAAUGGCAGCACUUCAGUACACAAACCCACAACUCCUGGAGCAACUGAAGAUUGAGAGACUUGCACAAAAACAAGCUGAGCAAGUGCAGCCGCCUCCAGGAGGCUCUCUUCACGGACCCCAGCCUUUUCCAGGGCAAGGCCCAAUGUCACAGAUGCCUCAAGGGUUUCAGCAGCCCCUUCCACCUCAGCAGAUACCAAUGAAUAUGCCUCAGAUGGGACCUCCUGGUCCACAAGGACAGUUCAGACCUCCAGGACCCCAAGGACAAAUGGGACCUCAGGGUCCUCCAUUACACCAAGGAGGUGGAGGUCCGCAAGGCUUCAUGGGACCACAAGGACCUCCGGGCCCCCAUGGACCUCAAGGAAUGCCACGGCCUCAGGAUUUACAUGGACAUCAAGGAAUGCAAAGGCAUCCUGGCCCUCAUGGUCCAAUGGGGCCUCCAGGCCCACAGGGUAAUGCUGGUCCGCAAGGGCACUUAGGACCACAGGGCCUACCUGGGUCUCAGACUCAUUUGGGGCCGCAAGGUCCACCUGGCCCGCAAGGUAACUUGGGACCUCAGGGUCAAGGAAUGCAAGGGCCACCUGGUCCCCGAGGGAUGCAAGGACCUCUUCCUCACGGCAUGCAAGGAGCUCCAGGAUCUCAAGGGAUGCAAGGUCCUAUCUCCCAAGGGCCUUUGAUGGGACUUAAUCCAAGAGGGAUGCAGGGUCCACCGGGGCCCCGAGAUAACCAGGGACCUACUCCACAAGGGAUGAUGAUGGGUCAUCCACAAGAGAUGAGAGGUCCUCAUAUGCAAAGUGGUUUACUAGGACAUGGGCCCCAGGAGAUGAGGGGCCUACAGGGACCCCCGCCUCAAGGCGCAAUGUUAGGACCGCCGCAAGAAAUGCGUGGGCCACAAGGCCAGCAGGGACCUCCGCAGGGCUCUAUGGUAGGGCCACAAGGAAACAUGCAAGGACCUCAAGGACAGCCAAACCCUUCGAGGGGGCCACAUCCUUCCCAGGGCCCUCUGCCUUUCCAGCAGCAGAAAACGCCUCUGUUGGGUGAUGGGCCUCGUCCCCCAUUUAAUCAGGAUGGACAGAACCCAGGUCCUCCACCACUGAUACCAGGACUGGGGCAGCAGGGAGGACAAGGUCGUCUCGGCCCUCACAACCAAGGACCUGGCCUUAAUAAAGGUGACUCCCGUGGUCCACCAAACCACCACAUGGGCCCUCUCUCAGAUAGAAGGCACGACCAGAACAGUGGUGGCCCUGAUCAUGGGCCCGAGAGAGGGUUGUUUCGAGGUGGCCAGGAGUGGGGUGAUGGUAGAGACAGCAGGGGCAUGCCAGAUAGACGAGGACCUCACCCAGAUUUCCAUGAUGACUUUGAUCGACCAGAUGACUUCCGUGACGACUUCCAUCCAGACAAGAGAUUUGGCCAUCGAUUACGGGAAUUUGAGGGGAGAGGAGGCCCACCAUUGCAAGAUGAGAAAUGGAGACGAGGUGGACCUGGGCCUCCCUUUCCUCCCGAUCACAGGGAAUUUGAAGGCGGGGGUUCAAAUCGUGGCCCUCCUGGUGCUUGGGAAGGACGGAGACCUUCAGAUGAUAGAUAUCCACGGGAUCCUGAGGACGCACGGUUCCGAGGAAGACGAGAUGAGAGCUUCAGAAGAGGAGGACCCUCGAGACACGAGGGCCGGGGACCCAGGGGGAGAGAUGGCUUUCCUGGUCCUGAAGAUUUUGGGCCAGAUGACACUUUUGACUCCCCAGAUGAAAACUUGAGAGGAAGGGACCAUGGUGCUCGGGGCCGAGGUCGUGGUGCAAUUAGAGGAGGCCGGAAGGGUCUGCUUCCUACCCCCGAUGAGAUUCCACGCUUUGAAGGUGGGCGGAAGCCAGAAUCCUGGGAUGGAAACAGAGAACCAGGUCCUCGUCCAGACCACCCUCCUCACGAUGGACAUUCUCCAGCUAACCGAGAACGUUCUUCUUCGCUCCAGGGCAUGGACAUGGCCUCACUGCCACCACGUAAACGUCCCUGGCAUGAUGGACCAGGGACCUCUGACCCCAGGGAAAUGGAUGCACCAGGUGGACCUCCAGAGGAGAGGGGAAAAGGACGUGGAAAUUCAGGAGCUUCCCAGAGAGCGCCAAAAUCAGCACGGUCUAAUUCUUUAGAUGGAGACCAUCAUGAUGGAUUCCACAGGGAUGAAGCUUUUGGCGGAGGCCCUGCAGGAGGCAGCAACCCUUCCAGAGGAGGAAGGAGCGGAAGCAAUUGGGGAAGAGGAAAUAACAUGAAUUCUGGUCAGUCGCGAAGAGGAGCAUCCAGGGGUGGCGGAAGAGGCCGAUAGAAGAGGCUUUGACUGGGUCCCACCCAGUCCCUGAUGGACGGUAUUUAAAUGGACUGCUACUCUGUACUCAAAGAGAAAGUAACCCUGCAAGAACGCCAGCCUGGAUUCUUAACUGGGAUAACUGAAUGUGCAUUAGUUCCUAACAAGGGUCUUCUCCUAGAUCAGUCAACUGCUACUAGCUGCGAUACUGUAGCUAGCUUUCAGUUUUGUCUUCUCCGCCCCCAUUUUCCUCACCUUCUUUUACCUACUUUGUUUUGUGAAGAGCUGGAAUUUUUUUUAGUGUUGAGACAUGGAGCACCUCCACAGAUUUCAGUUCGAUUCCAAACAGAAACUUGUUUCUAUAUGUACAGUUUGUCAGAAGAGUUAUGUUGUUUUUUGUAUGAAUACAGAAUGUAAUUUGCGCAAAAACUAA